CUCGCAGGUUAGGCGCUGUUGCCAUGGCGAUCUCGGAGUAGAUCAAGGCCUACACUUGUCGGCGCCGUUUUUGACGAAGUUGAGAAGAGAUGCCUGGGGCCAGCGACACUAUAUGGGAUAUUGCUAAAGCGGAAGUUGAGAAAAGAGAAAACAGUGAAGAUGGCAGAGACACUCUGGAAUGUUGUGAAAGAUCGUUAUUCUUUUUAGGAAAUAAAAAUGGGGGUAAGACUAGUAUUAUAUUGAGGUGCCUUGACAGAGAUGAAGUUCCAAAACCAACCCUAGCUUUGGAAUAUACUUUUGGAAGAAGAGCAAAGGGGCAUAAUACACCUAAAGAUAUUGCUCACUUUUGGGAAUUAGGUGGUGGAACUUUGUUGUUGGAUUUAAUCCCUAUACCAAUAAUGGCAGCUAACAUAAGGACAUUUGCUGUUAUUCUUGUCUUGGAUCUUUCAAAACCAAAUGAACUCUGGCCAACCAUGGAGAGUCUUCUACAAGUCACUAGAAAGCAUGUAGACAGAAUUAUAUCAAAACUGGGCCCAAACAAUUCCAAAAUAGCUACUGAAAUUAAGCGGAAGAUGUGGAACAAUGUGCCAAAGGAUCAUCCUGAUCGUGAGCUAAUUGACCCAUUUCCAAUUCCACUAGUUAUAAUUGGAAGCAAAUAUGAUCUAUUUCAUGAAUUUGAUUCUGAGAUGAAAAAAAUAAUAUACAAGACACUUCGAUUUGUUGCUCAUUAUUAUGGUGCAUCUUUAGCGUUUACUAGCAAAUCAGAAGCUCUGUGGCUGAAAACACGGGCACUAAUUAACCAUUUGGCCUUUGGCUUUGAUAGAAGCAAAUCCAUGUCAGUGGAUCCAAGUAAACCGCUUUUUAUUCCAGCAGGAAUGGACUCCCUUAGUCAAAUAGGACCGCCUCCUGCUUCUGAUAGUGACAUUGGAAAGUUGCAUGCACAAACUCCUUUGGAUUUAUGGAAAAAGGUUUUUGGAAAGAUAUUUCCCCCAAAGAAAGUAGACAUUUUCAAAGAAGCUAGGGACCCAGCUCGGGAUCCACAAUAUGCUGAAUAUGAAGUUGAUGCUAUGCGAAGUCAAAAAAAUGAGGAAUUAGAACAGUACAAAAGAAAUGCUGCUAAAACCUGGAAAGAAAUAGAAUUUGAUUCUUGACUGAGAAUUAUUUAAACCUAUAUUUCGUACAUUUAAGUGGAUUCGUGACGUUUUAAGAGCUGUUUAAUAUAUGACAUGAGAUCAGUUGUCUCAAGAAGAAUUGAAAGGGUAUCUGAAAAAUCAACCAACAGUAAAUUGAUGUCCUACUGCCCAGAUGGCUAGCAUAGCCAGCCAUUAUAUUGAAACGUUGCGUACAUAUAUAUUAUCUAUUGGCUACAUUGAAGCUACAUUUCUUGCAGACUGUUUUUGUUUAAAUUGAGGAAUGCACAGAUUUUAUUGAUUUUAGUGAAAGUAUACUUGAAAAUAAGGAAAUUCAUCUUUAUGUUUUCACACAUCAAUAAUUUAAGCCAAUUUAAACUGUAUUGAAAAAUAUUUACAUUUUAAAUAAAGUUUUCAGUACAAGAUAAGUUGUAUAUAUAUAUAUGGAUUUCUUGUGUAUAUAUAAAUACAUAUAUUUGUUUUCGUAAUACAUAUAUAUGACAUUUUUAUGUAACAAUUUCAAUAAAAAGUAACUCCAAUUCAUUUCAAUUG